UUUGUUUAAUUUCUUGUUUAUCGGACAAACCCGAGAGAAAAUGGUGAAGCAGACCAUCCAGAUAUUCGCUCGCGUUAAACCGACACAUAAAACAGCCGCGGUGUACUCUGUGGGUAAUGAGGAACAGAGCGGAGGCAGCUUGGAGUUCGUCAUCCCAAGGGAUCUUGCAGACGGCUUCAUCAAUAACAAGAGGGAGAGCUACAGGUUCAGGUUUCAGAAGGUUUUCGAUCAAGCAAUCAAGCAAGAGGAAAUCUUUGAGGCGAUUGCGAAGCCCGUGGCUGAUAAUGUCUUGGCAGGUUACAACGGUACGAUCUUCGCCUAUGGACAGACUGGCAGCGGAAAAACGUUCACUAUUACAGGAGGCCCUGAGUGCUACAGCGACAGAGGAAUCAUCCCGAGAACUCUGUCCUACCUGUACCAGCAUUUCAGCCAAGACAGCAGCAUGGUGUACACCACUCACAUUUCCUACCUGGAGAUCUACAAUGAGGUGGGAUACGACCUUCUGGAUCCACGACACGAAGCGUCCAAUCUGGAGGACUUACCGAAGGUGACAAUAAUGGAAGAUCCUGAUCAGAACAUUCACCUGAAGAAUCUGUCCUUACAAACAUCAGCCAGUGAAGAAGAGGCUCUGAACCUGCUUUUCCUGGGUGACACCAACCGCAUGAUUGCAGAGACCCCGAUGAAUCAGGCCUCCACACGCUCUCACUGCAUCUUCACCAUUCACCUGUGCAGCCGUGAGCCGGGAUCAGCCACGGUACGUCGCUCCAAGCUGCACCUGGUGGACCUGGCUGGAUCUGAGAGGGUGGGGAAGUCCGGCGUCGGGGGCCAGAUACUCACCGAGGCCAAGUACAUCAACCUUUCUCUGCACUAUCUUGAGCAGGUCAUCACAGCUCUGUCAGAGAAGAAUCGCUCUCACAUCCCUUACCGAAACUCCAUGAUGACGUCUGUGCUUAGAGACAGUCUGGGUGGCAACUGCAUGACCACCAUGAUCGCCACGCUGUCAGUGGAGAAGAGAAACGUUGAUGAGUCGAUCUCCACGUGCCGUUUUGCCCAGCGAGUGGCCAUGAUUAAAAACGAAGCGCUCCUUAACGAGGAACUGGACCCGUCACUGUUGAUUAUUCGUUUAAAGAAGGAGAUCCGGUGCUUGAAAGAGGAGCUAGCUCUGGUGACCGGAGAGCAGAGAAGUGAUGAGCUGACUCAAGAAGAGAUCCAGAGGAUUGAAGACCAGCUCAAGGUGUUUCUCGAUGACCCUGACCCUGAAGUGACUCUGGAACUAGGGCCAGACAUGAGAAGAAUCCAGCACUGCUUUUCUUUCUUAAAGGCGAGGCUGCUGGAGAAACCGAGUGUUCGGAAUGGAGCUGGUGAUAUUCUACCUCUCUCAUCAUCAAGCAUCACAGACGGUCCAGACGGUCCAGCCAACAGAGAGCUGGUCAAACUGAGGGACAUGUUAACUCAGCGUGACAAAGAGAUCAGUGUUCUAGUGAGCAUGCUGAAAAAAGAGAAGACGAAGGUCCAAGAAGCCAGCGCUCAAUUAGCAAAACUCGGCGCCUCCCAGAGCUCGUUCCAGUCAUCAUCCUCUGCCACGUACACCGAGAAAAGGUCCAAGCAUGAAUCUUUGGACGAUUCCAAACAAGGAAAUUGCAAGAAAAAUGGAGCAGAGCUGUCUAUGGGGCGACAGGAAGCAUUUGAAAUAUUUCGGAGUGAGCGCGAGGAGAAUAUCACUAUAGAAGACAACAAGAUCAUACUGAAGCAGAGGUUUGUUGAAGCUAAGGACCUGGGUGAGCAGGUUAACCAGGCCAGGAGCAGAGUCAAUGAGCUGAAGAAGCAGUUGGAGAGUAGAAGGAUGCAGAUGGCAGCACAGGGUGUAAUGGAGAAUCAGACAAAUGCAGGAUCAGAUCCUGUAGAGGAGAAACUCCGUAACCAGAUUGAGGAAGAGAAGAAAUGUUAUAAGAGCACAUUUGAACGAUUAAAAGGCUUAAAGACCGAGAUCGAUCAUCUCCAGCACCUGCUUCAGAGGUCAAAGAUCAAACUGCAGAAGGACUUCGAGGACUGGUGGACUCAGGAGACGGCAAGGCUACAGCAGAAUCAAUGCUCAGAGGUAACAAGAGCAGGGCGGAGCCAGGGCAGCUCUUCUCCAUGCAGUUCGCUGCAUGAUCACCACAUAGACACCCAGGACGGAGCACACCAGCCUACACCACCUACACGAGAGCUCAGAGCCUUGUCCUCUGCUGGUCUUGCCUCGACAUCUAUCCCACUGACUGGAGACCAACACACUGAUGCAGAUAUAUUGGCCUUCAUCAAAGCCAGACAAAAUUUUCUUACCAGAACAGGUAUCUAGACGGCACCGUAGCAUAGCGAUUAGCACUGUGGCUACGCACCUCCAGGGUCGAGGGUUCGAGUCCCACCUCAGGUCUGUGUAGAUAAAGUUUGCAUGUUCUUCCCAUGCUUGGUGGGUUUCCUCCCACAGGUCAAAGACAUGUAGAUUAGGUUCAUAGGCGUUCCCCUAGUGUGUGAAUGGGUGGUGUGUGUGAUGGAUUGGCACCCUGUCUUUGUCCACCCUUACCCCACCUGGGACAGGCUACAGGCCUCCUGGAACCCCGUAUAGGAUAAACAGUGCAGAAGAUGUUAAACAAAUGAGCAGGUAUCUGAUUCAUGUGUGUAAACGGGAGGCAUAACGAAUGUUUAAUGUGUGUGUGUUUGACAACAAUUCAUUUUUAAAGUCUAAUCAUAAAU